AUGAGAGUAGUUAUAACAAUGAGAGUAAAAGUUUUGUCGAAGCAGCUUAAUGAGGUUGGCAAAGUUGGUAGGGUUAUUGACAAACGAAUUGGAUCUAAAGAAGUCGGAGUCUCAGAAUCAGAUGCUUCAAUUAGACGUCAUAUCAUUGAAAAAUUGCGUCAAAUGGAAACACUUGGAACCACUUCACCAGAUAAUGACGACCCAUUGAUUAAAGCGGUUUCGGGUUUAGUUAAACCUGGAAAGCAUGCAUCCUAUGACGACGAAUUGGGCGGUCUUUCUGCUGAGAUUGUUGAAAGCGAGCUCUUUGCUGGAGGUGACGAAGUGGACAAUUCGGGAACUUCUUUAGCCGCUAACAAGCAGAGCAAACAUGAUGCUUUGUUGUUAAAAAUUGCCCAGUCCAAGGAAGAUCGCCUUAAACGCGUGGAGGAGAAUGAGGCCACUCGACAGAAGCUGAAAGAUGCUGACUCCGACUGGGCUAACAAUGUUCGAUUUAAAUUAGCAGAACUCAUGGCACUUAAACCCAAGAAUCCCAAAGCCGCAGAGAAGAUGGAGCGAAAUCGAUCGGAAGUUCUCUCCCUCUUAAACAAUUUCGUCUUCGAUAAAAGAGUGGCCCCAGUGGGCACUCGACUCGAAACUGAGGAGACCAGAAAUAGCAAAUUGCUGGCCAAUUUGGAGAAUAUCGUCUCAAAGAGAGCCGGAGAAAUGGAUGCGACAGAAACCAAGGAUGACUUAAAAACUGAAGACGUUAUUCUUCGUCUUCUUUGUCAAAUCGACACUUACUCGCUCACCAUCGUGGCCCGAAUCGCUGAAGAGCUCCGGAGUCUGGACGUAAUUCAACUUUCUGAUGUUGUGCGAGGUCUCCUUCUAACCCAAAUCCUUUUAACUGACGCUAUCACUCGUAAACUUGAGCGCAGCGGUGAUCAGUCGACUCUCCAGACCAAGACGUUUGCCGAUAGAAAUCGCUCUAAGGCUAUAUUUGUGCCAGAAGCAGUUAGGUAUCUUAUUCGGUUGAUUGAAACAUCCUCUAGGGAAGAUGGAGUUCUCUUUAUUGGUGAAGACGCGUCAUCAAAAGAUCCGGAGGUUUAUUCCACUUUGGAUCUUCAAGUUGCUUUGAAGCAACGGCCAUUAAAUGACAAUGAGAUCCCCGCUUAUAGAUUGGGUUGUCUCGACAAAUGCUUAUCUCUAGCGACCUCCUUCCUGGAACUCUAUUCAGAACAUUUUCCUGCUCCUGCAGUUUGUUGCAUGUUUUCUGGUCUGGAUCUAAUUCGUUUACAGACGGAGAACCUACCCGUGGGUAUUGAAACAAAGGUUCAAAAUUUGAUUGAGAAAAUCACAGAAGUGAGAGGUCAGCCUAGGCCGAAAGAUAUUGCCGUUGUGGAUAAGGUCUCCUUGAUUCUGGCUGAUAAGACUGCUACCCCUCAGGAACUGCAAAAAAUUGGUCUGGUUCCUCAACUAGAACCUGAAUUUGAGGAAAAAAUGGAUGCAAGACGACCCAAAAAGAAGUCAGCUCAUGUAGAUAUUCGUCAGAAGCUGUCGAAGGAACGUCGUAGUGUUAUGCGAGAACUGCGCAAAGACGCCCAAUUCCUUGGCAACUAUGAUCGUGUGAAGAUCAAGGCUAAUGACGAAAUGCGAAAGAAAAAGACGCUGGAUGUGAUUGCUAAAAUGCGUAGUAUUGAUUAA